GUCUGCUUGGAAGCCUAAAGAAGGAUGCCUCGACGAAGCAAUCACAUGCAUGAUAUAUGUGCUGUUUGUCAAUGCAUAUUAAUUCUACCGUUCUUUCUUUUGCUGAUUUUUAAAACUGCGGUUUCAGAAAUGGUUAGCAUGAAAAUUGUGGAGGAGCCUUCAAGUUACGGGCUAAACAGUUAUAAUUUUGCCAGUCACACAACCGAUGACAAGAAACUGAAGAUGAGGAUAAAGCCCAGUAAUUUUACAGGCCCUGUACAUCUAAAGAGACUGUAUGGAAGAUGCUUCUCUAAAGAGAUGAAUGAAUACAGAUAUGAGUUCUGUCCCUUUUUCAAUGUGACACAACAUGAACAGUCCUACAGGUGGAACCCAUUCAGUGGUGUACUCGGUGUAUGGCAAGAAUGGGAAAUAGAAAAUAACACAUUUAUUGCUAUGAAUAUGAGAGAAGGAGAAAAAUGUGGAGAUUUCCACAGAACUGUCAAGGUAAUAUUCAGCUGUGGAGACAAGCAUGAUAUUGUGAACGUGACAGAGCCCUCUACCUGUAACUACCACAUGAGCUUUACCUCCCCUUAUGUCUGUCACAGGGACUCUAUGUUGGUUUACCCCACGCUGAGUGAGGAGCUUCAGCAGGCCUGGGAUCAGUUAGAGGGGGAACUCUAUAGGGAGGAAAUUACCCCAAAAGGGUAUAAUAAACAAUUAAGAAAGAUAUUUGAGAAAGCAGGGUAUUACAUUCCAUUGGAGGAGAAAAAGCUUUUAGCAGAACAGGCCAUUCAGCGCGAGGAACGUGAGAAGAAGGAAGAGAGUGGAGAGUUUGAUAACUUACCAAAAUGUACAGAGGAAUACAGAAAACUCAAAAAAGAAAUAGAGGGUUUGAGGACACUUCUGGCAGUUAAAGAUGACAAAGAUGCAUCAAAUGCUUCAACAACACAAAAACCAGAAAAGAAAAAAUCUAAGAGUAGCAGUAAAGUGGGGAAUUUAUUGAAGGCAAUGUCAUCCAAAUCCAAGAAGACAUGACACCAACCCUCCAAGGGAAUCUCCUUUAUCACACAACUCAGAAUCACUGAUCUCAUCAUGGAAUCCAUUAUACAUACGACAUAUUAAUUUUGUUCCAGAAAACAUUUUUUUAAUGGUGAACAUUGCUGUAUGUUUGUUGAUUCUAUGCAUUUUAUUUGUGCAAUAAAUUAUUGAAUAAAAUACUAUAUAUUUUUACAACAUUA